AUGACCCACUUCUGUCAGAGCAGAACCCCCUCACCUCCCACUCACCUCCUCCCUCACCUCCUCCCUCACCUCCUCCCUCACCUCCUCCCUCACCUCCCCCCUCACCUCCUCCCUCACCUCCUCCCUCACCUCCUCCCUCACUCUCCUCCCUCACCUCCUCCCUCACCUCCUCCCUCACCUACCCCCCUCACCUCCUCCCUCACCUACCCCCCUCACCUCCUCCCUCACCUCCCCCCUCACCUCCUCCCUCACCUACCCCCCCUCACCUCCUCCCUCACCUACCCCCCUCACCUCCUCCCUCACCUACCCCCCUCACCUCCUCCCUCACCUACCCCCCCUCACCUCCUCCCUCACCUACCCCCCUCACCUCCUCCCUCACCUACCCCCCUCACCUCCCCCCUCACCUCCUCCCUCACCUCCUCCCUCACCUCCCCCCUCACCUCCUCCCUCACCUCCUCCCUCACCUCCUCCCUCACCUCCUCCCUCACCUACCCCCCUCACCUCCUCCCUCACCUCCCACUGCAGGCUCUCCCCAAAGGCACCAGAAAACUCUAA